AUGUGGAAGAAGAAGGAGAAGGAGAAGGAGAAGGAGAAGGAGAAGGAGAAGGAGAAGGAGAAGAAGAACAAGAACAAGAAGAAGAACAAGAAGAAGCAAAAGAAGAGAAUAUUAGUAGAGCUGGCUCACUAUAUUCCUCAAGAGUUCUCGAUAAUUAGGAACCCUACGGUUUCGUCUCUUGAAAAGUCUGAGACUCGAGAAUCAGCUGUGACUUCUGUCUCCCGUACAACAUCCGACUACACCUUCUUCUUCAACUGA